AUGGGGAACUGUUGUGUGAAGUCGGAGAAAUUAACGGCUGAGAUUGUACCUCGUGACGGAGCUAAAGUCUAUCCAACCGUCCGAUUAUACGGUUCACCGAAAAGCAUUCUGGCAGCUUAUAUUCGAUUCGCGCUUCUUCACAAAUCCGUUUCGUUGGAUUUUAUUCCCUCCGACGAAGCUCCGGCGAAUGGUGCUCGGAGAUCGGACACUGACGUCACUCUUGAGGUUGGAUCGGAAGUUGUUACUGGUUCACGGGAGACGUUGUUGCGGUUCAUUGACGCGCGGUUUCCGAGUCCGGUGGUUGGUGGUGGUGUGGAGGAGGAAAAGGUGGCGGUGAUGGUGACGGUGAUGAGGCUGCAGCAUAAGAGUAUGCUGUGGCAUGUAGAGAGGGUUUUGAGGUGGGCGGAGGAUCUUGUGGCACGUGGAGGGAAGAAGGCCGUUGAUCCGUCUGUUGGAACUCCGAGGAUGGAGAUAAGGAAAUUCGCUACCAGCUAUUCGGCGUUGUUGGAGGUUAUGAUGGAACAUGCUCGAAUGGAAGAGACUGUUCUUUUCCCUUUCUUUGAUAUUGCUGAUAGAGGGCUUACUAAAGCUGCAAAGGAGGAACAUGCUAGGGACUUGCCUCUCAUGAAUGGUAUUAAAGAAAUCAUUAAAUCGGUUGGUGUUUUGGACUCGGGAAGUUCGGAUUCUCGAGAGGCCUUGAACAAUCUUUCUUCUCGUCUCAAGUUAUUGCAAGGGCAAUCUAAACAACAUUUCAAGGAAGAGGAAGUGGAACUACUUCCACUAAUGGAGGCAUUGGAGUUAAGCAAAGAGCAAGAGGAGAAUGCAUUAGAUCAAUGUUUUGAUGUGAUGCUAGAAACACAUGGUCGUUUGCUCAAGUUUUUUCUUGAAGGGCUUCAACCUCGUGAUGCUAUGAAGUACUUGGAUUUUAUUAGCAUGUGUAGGGACAAAGAGAAAAUGGAAUCAAUGCUCACGAUGAUACUUAAGUGA